UAGGAAGUUUAAGAUUCUUUAUUUGGAUAAUGGGAAUUAGAACCCAACAUAUCUGGAAUGUUCCAGAUGUUCCCUGACCCUUCAAGAUUCUUUUUUGUAGAAAGAACUGAAGAAGCUUCUUGGACGAGAAGCGAAACGACUUCAGAGAAAAAUCAAAAAAGUCCAGUUGCCUCUUGAAAAAGCACAUUUGGGACAUUCUGUAGAAUUAGUUAUCUGCAUCACAGACCAAGUGCUUUAUCAUUGUAAGAACCCAAACGCAUUUCAAUCCUGUUCUUCUCAUAUACUUUCUCAAACUUUCAACCUCGUAAACCUAAAAGAGGAGCCCGGCGCGCUGCCCUCAAACACCGCCGCACAUCUCCUUUUCUGCAGCUUCAAGACAAGCCACGAUUAAACCGAAGCUCCGCCCUCCCCUUACUAGGUUUCUUUUCUGUCACACAGCAGGUGUGAGUCAGCGCAGGCGCACUCGGCUCUUUCUUGCUCAUUCCGGUUAACCCUACCCAGAAGCGAGCCUAAAGCUUUUUCGGAGCUGGGAUUUCCAAGUAUCGCGCAUGCGCCCGAAGUAGGCUCCCAAAGCAAGAUGGCGGCGGAGAGCUGCUGAGGGAGUUGCAGUGAGGGAAGGAAGGGGGCGGUGACGGCCCAGGUAGGACUACGGGGAAGGCAAAGGCUGGCGAAAGUCCGAUACCGAUUGGAGCAAGAACCGUGCCGAGCGGGGAGGAUUUCUCGCUCCCUGUACUCUUCGGAAAUGCGGAGUCAAGGUGGCGGGACAAGGGAUACUAUUACCCCUUUUGCCCGCUGUCCCCGCCGCUUGUAAGCAGUGUCCCGUCGGGCCUGCCUGGCGCCCCGGAUGUGUGGGCGGUCAUCUCCUGGUUCCUUGGUGGGGCCGAGUCCCCCGAGCACCGGCCGCGACGGAGGCGGCGGCAGAGUUCGGGGAGCUGCGGAGGCUGCGGCGCCGUUGGGUGUGGAGUGCGACCAGGUGGGCAGGUAUCAUAUUGUAUGGAGACAGAGGGAAUCUAACUUUCGUUCUUCAGAAGCAGCAGCCAGAGAAAAAGACACAAAGCCACACAGGAGAUGCCUUGAUGUGAAUCUAACAGCCCUGCAAAAUAGAGGCUAUAGGGGAAGAUGAGGUCCUGGGGUAGCCCAGAAUGGCUGCAGUGUCGUAUGAUCAGUUGUUAAAACAAGUAGAGGUGUUAAAAAUGGAGAACUCAAAUCUUCGACAAGAACUGGAAGAUAAUUCAAAUCAUCUUACAAAACUGGAAACUGAAGCAUCUAAUAUGAAGGAGGUAUUGAAGCAAUUGCAAGGAAGUAUUGAAGAUGAAGCAAUGGCUUCAUCUGGUCAGAUUGAUUUGCUGGAACGUCUUAAAGAACUGAAUUUGGAUAGCAAUAACUUCCCUGGUGUGAAGCUAAGGCCAAAGAUAUCCAUGCGUUCAUACGGAAGCAGAGAAGGAUCAGUUUCCAGUCGAUCAGGUGAAUGCAGCCCUGUUCCCAUGGGAUCAUUUCCCAGAAGAGGUUUUAUGAACGGAAGUAGAGAAAGCACUGGUUAUCUAGAAGAACUAGAGAAAGAAAGAUCUCUUUUGCUUGCUGAGCUUGAAAAGGAAGAAAAAGAAAAAGACUGGUAUUAUGCUCAGCUUCAGAAUUUGACUAAAAGGAUAGAUAGUCUUCCUCUUACUGAAAAUUUUUCAUUGCAGACUGACAUGAAUCGAAGGCAAUUGGAAUAUGAGGCAAGACAGAUCAGAGCUGCCAUGGAAGAACAACUUGGUACAUGUCAAGACAUGGAGAAGAGAGCACAGGUGCGAGUAGCUAGAAUUCAACAAAUUGAGAAAGAUAUUCUACGUAUAAGACAGCUAUUACAAUCCCAGGUUGCUGAGCCAGAGAGAACAGCUCCGAGCAAGCAUGGUGCAAGUUCACAUGAAUCUGAAAGGCAAAAUGAAUGUCAAGGAGCAGCUGAAAUCAUUGUGGCAACUGCUGGCAGUAGCCAGAGUUCAACUGCUCGGAUGGACCAUGAAACAUCCAGUGUUAUGAGUUCUAAUAGUAAUUACUCUGUUCCUCGAAGACUCACAAGUCAUUUGGGUACCAAGGUUGAAAUGGUGUAUUCACUGCUGUCAAUGUUGGGCACUCAUGAUAAAGAUGAUAUGUCCCGAACAUUGCUAGCCAUGUCUAGCUCCCAGGAUAGCUGCAUAGCUAUGCGCCAGUCUGGAUGUCUUCCUCUUCUCAUUCAACUUUUGCAUGGCAAUGAUAAAGACUCUGUGUUGUUGGGCAACUCUCGUGGAAGUAAAGAGGCUCGUGCCAGAGCCAGUGCAGCACUACAUAAUAUCAUUCAUUCCCAGCCUGAUGAUAAAAGAGGCAGACGAGAAAUACGUGUUCUCCAUCUUCUAGAACAAAUCCGAGCUUACUGUGAAACUUGCUGGGAAUGGCAGGAAGCACAUGAUCAGGGCAUGGACCAAGAUAAAAAUCCAAUGCCAGCUCCAGUUGACCAUCAGAUCUGUCCUGCAGUAUGUGUUUUAAUGAAGCUUUCAUUUGACGAAGAGCAUAGGCAUGCAAUGAAUGAACUUGGGGGUUUACAAGCCAUUGCAGAAUUGCUACAGGUAGAUUGUGAAAUGUAUGGGCUUACUAAUGACCAUUAUAGUGUCACAUUAAGACGAUAUGCUGGAAUGGCUCUGACAAAUUUAACUUUUGGAGAUGUAGCCAAUAAGGCUACUUUAUGUUCUAUGAAGGGUUGCAUGAGAGCUUUAGUAGCACAGUUAAAAUCUGAAAGUGAAGAUUUGCAGCAGGUUAUUGCAAGUGUUUUAAGAAAUUUGUCUUGGCGGGCAGAUGUGAAUAGUAAGAAGACACUACGAGAGGUUGGGAGUGUGAAAGCACUGAUGGAAUGUGCUUUGGAAGUUAAAAAGGAAUCUACGCUGAAAAGUGUAUUGAGUGCCUUAUGGAAUCUAUCAGCACAUUGCACUGAGAAUAAAGCUGAUAUAUGUGCAGUGGAUGGUGCUCUUGCCUUUUUGGUUGGCACACUGACUUACCGAAGCCAAACAAAUACUUUAGCCAUCAUUGAAAGUGGAGGGGGAAUUCUUCGUAAUGUGUCUAGCUUGAUUGCUACAAAUGAGGACCAUAGGCAAAUACUGAGAGAGAAUAACUGCUUGCAAACCCUCUUACAUCAUUUGAAGUCUCACAGUUUGACAAUAGUCAGUAAUGCAUGUGGAACUUUGUGGAACCUGUCUGCACGGAAUGCAAAGGACCAGGAAGCGUUAUGGGACUUGGGAGCAGUCAGUAUGCUCAAAAAUCUCAUACAUUCAAAGCACAAAAUGAUAGCCAUGGGGAGUGCUGCAGCUCUAAGAAAUUUGAUGGCAAACAGACCUGCAAAAUAUAAAGAUGCUAAUAUUAUGUCUCCAGGUUCAAGCUUGCCAUCUCUUCAUGUCAGAAAGCAAAAAGCACUGGAAGCAGAAUUAGAUGCUCAGCAAUUAUCUGAGACUUUUGACAACAUUGAUAAUUUAAGUCCAAAAACAUCUCACCGCAAUAAGCAAAGACAUAAACAGAAUCUUUACAGUGAAUAUGUUUUGGAUGGUAAUCGCCAUGAAGAUGGAGUGUGCAGAUCAGAAAACUUUAACAGUGGAAAUGUGACUGUACUUUCACCAUAUUUAAAUACUACAGUAUUGCCUGGCUCCUCCUCAUCAAGCAGAGGAAAUACAGAAAAUUCUCGUUCUGAAAAAGAACGGAGUUUAGAUAGGGACCGUGCAGUGGGAUUGAACAGCUACCAUACCACAGCAGAAAAUUCUGGCAACUCUUCUAAACGAAUAGGAAUGCAAAUUUCUACUGCUGCUACUCAGAUUUCAAAAGCAAUGGAGGAAACAGCAAGUAUGCACAUAUCACAAGAUGAAAGAAGCAGUGGAUCUAUAACAGAAAUUCACAGUUUGUCAGAAGACAGAAAUGCUUUAAGAAGAACUUCUACUGCUCACUCUCACACAGGUAAUUAUAACUUUCCAAAAUCUGAGAACAGGGCAUGUUCUGUACCAUAUUCAAAAGUAGAGUAUAAAAGAGCUUCUAAUGAUAGUUUAAACAGUGUCAGUAGCAGUGAUGGUUAUGGCAAAAGAGGACAAAUGAAACCCAUAGAAUCUUAUUCUGAAGAUGAAGAAAGUAAAUUUUGCAGUUAUGGACAGUAUCCUGCUGAUUUAGCUCAUAAAAUACACAGUGCUAAUCAUAUGGAUGACAAUGAUGGAGAACUGGAUACUCCAAUAAACUAUAGUUUGAAAUAUUCUGAUGAACAGUUGAAUUCUGGAAGGCAGAGCCCAUCUCAGAAUGAAAGAUGGGCAAGACCUAAGCAUGUAAUAGAAGAAGAAAUAAAGCAGAAUGAGCAAAGGCAAUCCAGGAGUCAAAGUGGAGCAUAUCCUGUAUAUCCUGAGAGUGGUGAUAAUAAACAUCUAAGUUAUCAGUCACCUUUUGGACAGCCAGAAUGUGUAUCUCCUUUCAGAUCAAGAGAAUCCAGUAAUUCAGAACAAAACAGAGUAGGAUGUAAUCAUGGAAUAAAUCCCAAAGUCAAUCAGUCCUUGUGUCAGGUGGAUGAUUAUGAGACUGAUAAGCCUACAAAUUAUAGUGAGCAUUAUUCUGAAGAGGAACAGCAUGAAGAAGAAGAUCAUCCAACUAAUUACAGCAUAAAAUACAAUGAAGAGGCGCACCAUGUGGAUCAGCCAAUUGAUUACAGUCUUCGAUAUUCAACGGAGGUUCCUCCAGCACAGAAACCAUCUUUUUCAUUUUCAAAAACUCCAUCGGUACAGAGUACUAAAACAGAACAUAUUUCGUCAAGCAGUGGAAACACACCAUCUUCUGCUGCGUCAAAAAAACACAACCAACUUCAUCCAAAUUCUGCUCAGAAUAGGGCAAAUCAUACUCAGAAGCCUACAUCCUGCAAAGCACCUUCCAUUAACCAGGAAACAAUACAGACUUACUGUGUAGAAGAUACACCAAUAUGUUUUUCAAGAUGUAGCUCUCUAUCAUCUUUAUCAUCAGCUGAAGAUGAAACAGGACGUGAUCAUUCCACACGGGUAGCUGAUACUGAUAACUUUCUGAAGAUAGUUGGAAUGAAAGAAAACAGUGGGAAUCUGUCAACAACAGUAACAACUAAUGAAACCUCAUUAGCUUCCCAGCAUCUUAGAACAAAAUCAAAUAGACUUCAGACUUCCACUGUAUCUUCGUCUGAUUCAGCAAGACAUAAAGCUGUUGAGUUUUCUUCGGGUGCCAAGUCCCCUUCAAAAAGUGGUGCCCAGACUCCCAAGAGCCCACCAGAACAUUAUGUACAGGAGACUCCACUCAUGUUUAGCAGAUGUACCUCCGUGAGUUCCUUGGAUAGUUUUGAGAGCCGUUCAAUUGCUAGCUCUGUUCAAAGUGAGCCAUGUAGUGGGAUGAUAAGUGGUAUAAUAAGCCCAAGUGAUCUUCCAGAUAGUCCUGGGCAGACAAUGCCACCCAGCAGAAAUAAAACUCCGCCACCUACCCAAGUUCCCCAAGUAAAGAGAGAAGCAGCCAAGGCAAAAGUAUCCAACACUGAAAAGAGAGAAUCUGGACCAAGACAAGCAACUGUAAAUACAGCUGUUCAAAGGGUGCAGGUAAUGCAAGAUGCUGACACUUUGUUACACUUUGCAACAGAAAGUACACCAGAUGGAUUUUCUUGUUCAUCAAGUCUGAGUGCUUUGAGUCUCGAUGAACCAUUUAUACAGAAAGAUGUAGAAUUGAGAAUAAUGCCUCCUGUGCAUGAAAAUGAUCAUGUAAAUGAAGCAGAACUUGAACAAUCAAAUGAUACAAAGGAUAACAUAGAAAAAGAUACAAAAGAAUCCACUGAAAUAGAGAAAGAUAUUCUAGAUGAUUCAGAUGAAGAUGAUAUUGAAAUAUUAGAGGAGUGUAUUAUUUCUGCUAUGCCAACUAAGUCUUCACGUAAAGCCAAAAAGCCUUCGCAGGUAACUGCUUCUAAAAUACCUCCACCUGUAGCCAGAAAACCAAGUCAUUUGCCUGUAUAUAAACUUCUUCCUUCUCAGAGCAGAUUACAUUCCCAAAAGCAUGUUACAUUUACCCCUGGUGAUGAUAUGCCACGUGUUUAUUGUGUUGAGGGAACACCAAUAAAUUUUUCAACAGCUACAUCUCUGAGUGAUCUAACAAUAGAAUCACCUCCAAAUGAACUGACCAGUACAGGGAUUGCUGUUUCAGGGAUGGAAUCCGCUGAAAUUGAAAAGAGGGAUACAAUUCCUACAGAAGGAAGAAAUACAGAAGAUGCUCAAAGGGGGAAAAGCAGCUCUACUGUUGGGUUGAAUGAUGACAAAACAGAAGAAGGUGAUGAUAUUCUUGCAGAAUGUAUUAAUUCUGCUAUGCCAAAGGGGAAAAGUCACAAACCUUUCAGAGUGAAAAAGAUAAUGGAUCAGAUCCAGCUGGUAUCUACAUCAUCCUCAAUAAAUACUAAAAAUCAACUAGAAAUAGAGAAAAAGAAACCAACGUCACCAGUAAAGCCUAUGCCACAAAGCAAUGAGUACAGAGCACGCUUAAGAAAAAAUGUAGAAUCAAAAAAUAAUUUUAGUAGUGAAAGAAAUAAUGAUAAUAAAGAGACAAAGAAGCAGACUCUUGAAAAUAAUUCAAGUGAUAAACUUCCAAAUAAUGAAGAGCGUACAAGAGGAAGCUUUGCAUUUGAUUCUCCCCACCACUACACUCCAAUUGAAGGAACCCCAUAUUGUUUUUCUCGAAAUGACUCUUUGAGUUCCUUGGAAUUUGAUGAUGAUGUAGAUCUUUCAAAAGAAAAGGCAGAACUGAGAAAGGGGAAAAACAAUGAAAUUGAAGCCAACUCCAAUACAGAAUAUAUUUCAAAUCAGCAAUCAGUCACUGCACCACAAGCUGCCCAAAAGCACUCUUCAACUGGAAGAAAUCAACCCAAACCUUUGGGGCAAAACCAGACCUCUUUUUCUCCAUCAGCCAAAGACAUUACGGCUACGGAUGAAAAAACACAAAAUUUUGCAAUAGAAAAUACACCUGUUUGUUUCUCUCGAAAUUCCUCUCUCAGUUCUCUCAGUGAUAUUGAUCAGGAAAAUAACAAUAGCAAAGAAAAUGAGCCUGUAGAACAAAUAGAACCACCUGAGAAACACAUAGAAUCAACUAGAGCACCAGUUUCUGGAUAUGCUCCUAAAUCAUUUCAUGUGGAAGAUACACCUGUAUGCUUUUCAAGGAACAGUUCCCUUAGUUCUCUUAGUAUUGAUUCAGAAGAUGAUCUUUUGCAGGAAUGUAUUAGUUCAGCCAUGCCUAAAAAGAAAAAGCCAUCACGGUCAAAGGGGGAUAGUGAAAAACUUAGUUCUAGAAACACUGGAGACCUCACAUUAGAUUUGAAAGAUAUACAAAGGCCUGAUUCAGAGAAUGGUUUCUCACCCGAUUCAGAGAACUUUGACUGGAAAGCUAUCCAAGAAGGUGCAAAUUCUAUAGUUAGCUGUUUACAUCAAGCUGCUGCAGCAGCAUCACUAUCUAGACAAGCUUCAUCAGAUUCAGAUUCAAUCCUUUCAUUAAAAUCAGGAAUUUCCUUAGGAUCACCAUUUCAUCUUACACCAGAUCAAGAAGAAAAACCUUUUACUUCUAAUAAGGGUCCAAGAAUUAUUAAACCAGGAGAGAAAAGUACACUGGAAAAUAAGAAAAAUGACUCUGAAAGUAAAGGAAUUAAAGGAGGAAAGAAAGUUUAUAAAAGCAUGAUUACAGGUAAAGCUCGUUCUAAUUCUGAACUUACAAGUCAUUUGAAACAGCCCUUGCAAACAAAUAUGCCCUCUAUUUCCCGAGGAAGAACAAUGAUUCAUAUUCCUGGAGUUCGAAAUAGUUCUUCAAGUACAAGUCCAGUUUCUAAAAAAGGACCACAACUAAAGAAUACAGCAUCCAAAAGUCCUAAUGAAAGCCAAAGUUCUACUAGCUCUCCAAGAGUUGUCAAACCACCUGUGAAAUCUGACCCAAGCCCUAUAUCUAGACAGCCAUCUCAACAGGGUAUUUCAAGUAAAGGAUCUUCUAGAUCAGGCUCUAGAGAUUCUACACCUUCUAGACCACAACAACAACCAUUAAGUAGGCCUCUGCAGUCUCCUGGCAGAAACUCAAUUUCACCAGGUAGAAAUGGCAUAAGUCCUCCCAAUAAGCUUUCCCAGCUGCCAAGAACAGCAUCACCAAGUACAGCUUCCAAUAAGUCGUCAGGUUCAGGAAGAAUGGCAUAUACAUCACCAGGCAGACAAAUGAACCAGCAAACUGUAGCAAAACAAACAGGAUUGCCUAAAAGUACUAGUGGAAUUCCUAGAAGUGAAUCUGCCUCAAAAGGAUUAAAUCAAAAUUCUAAUGUCAGUGGAUCGAAUAAAAAGACUGAGUUAUCUAGAAUGUCAUCAGCCAAAUCAAGUGGGAGUGAAUCUGACCGAUCAGAGAGACCUGUUUUAGUACGUCAGUCAACUUUUAUUAAAGAAACCCCAAGUCCUACUUUAAGAAGGAAAUUAGAAGAGUCUGUUUCCUUUGAAUCUUUGUCACCUUCUAGACCAGAUUCUCCAACCCAGUCCCAGACACAGACUCCAGUUUUAAGUCCAUCACUUCCUGACAUGUCUUUAUCUGCUCACUCAGCCAUCCAAGCCAGUGGUUGGAGAAAAUUACCUCCUAACCUGAGUCCAUCUUUAGAAUACAAUGAUGGGAGGCCAACAAAACGGCAUGACAUAACUCGAUCUCAUUCUGAGAGUCCCUCCAGAUUGCCAAUUAACAGAUCAGGAACAUGGAAGCGUGAACACAGUAAACAUUCUUCAUCACUUCCUCGUGUAAGUACUUGGCGAAGGACAGGAAGUUCUUCCUCAAUUCUUUCAGCUUCUUCAGAAUCUAGUGAAAAGGCAAAAAGUGAAGAUGAAAAGCAACAUGUAACUUCUUUUUCUGGACUCAAACAAGGUAAAGAAAAUCAAGCACCAACCAAAGGGACUUGGAGAAAAAUAAAGGAAAAUGAAAUUCCUCAAAUAAUGACAAGUCCUCCUCAGAAUAUCUCACCUAGUCCCACCAAUGGUGCUGAUUCAAAAACUUUAAUUUAUCAGAUGGCCCCUGCGGUGUCUAAAACAGAGGAUGUAUGGGUGAGGAUUGAGGACUGUCCUAUUAAUAAUCCAAGAUCUGGAAAAUCUCCAACAGGAAAUACUCCCCCCAUUAUUGACAGUGGUUCAGAGAAAAGUAGUAUAAAUGGCAAAGAUUCAAAAGAUCUUCAUGGAAAACAAAAUACCGGAAAUGGAAAUGUCCCUAUCCGCACCAUGGGUUUAGAAACCCGAUUGAAUUCAUUUAUCCAAUCUGAUGGUCCAGACAAGAAAGGAAUUGAAACUAAAAUUGUUCUAAGCAGCUCUACAGUUGCCCCAGAGACUAGUGAAAACACUCUGACUGAGCGCACACCAUUUAGUUCUAGCAGCUCAAGUAAACACAGCUCACCAAGUGGUGCUGUUGCAGCACGUGUGACGCCUUUUAACUAUAAUCCAAGCCCCAGGAAAAGUAGUGUAGAUAACAGUUCUGUUCGACCAUCGCAGAUACCAACACCAGUAAAUAACAGUACAAAAAAACGAGACUCAAAAACCGAAAGUACAGAUUCGAAUGGUGCACAAAGUCCUAAGCGCCAUUCAGGGUCUUAUCUGGUGACUUCUGUUUAAUGGAAAAUUAACAAUGUAUUGAUUUAUGUGAAUUUUUAAAAAUAAAGCAGCAAAAUUGUGGUUAGCCCCUCUUUUUUUUGUAAAUAGGUUUGAUUCUUGUAGAGGGUUCUUGUUCUGGAAGCCAUAUAUAAUAUUCUUUGUCUUCACUAAUAUUUGAGGGAUUCCCAAUUGAUAAUUUAGCAAUAAAAUUGCUAAAAUAAUUAUAUUUGUACAGUAUAUUUUACAUAUAUUUAAUUAACAUCCCAUACCUUUAUAAUUGUUUUGAUGGGUUGGGGGAAUUUAGAAAGAUGAAAAACAGAUUAAAAUAAAUAAUUCUAUUAAUAUAUCACUCACUUCUAGAGUUACAAAAUGGCUAAAUAACUUCAGGGAAAAAUUGGUAUUUAUGCCAAAAAAAACCUCCACCUUAGUAUUUGUGAAGCCACUAACCUUUUAAUUAAUCAUGUGGCUGUGAAAUUCACAGUAAUAUGGUUUCUGCUGAACAAGCCUUUUUAUUCCUGCAUGGAUAGAACUGAAGGUUCAUUUUCUGAAAUGAUAAUUAACAUUUCUGUGGUCACAUAAUGUGCAUAGAUAGUUAUAGUGAGAUGAAUACAUUUUGGUUUUUGUGCUCUGCAAAAAAGAAAAAAGAAAAAAAGGACAUCUGUGUAUGUGUAAACCUUGAACAAAAUUAUUUUACCAGAACUAGAUUUUAACUGACAGUAGGUAGGAUUUUUGCUAUGCUGUAACUUGUUGUAUAUUCUGGUAUUUGAGGUAAGAUGGCUGCUCUUUUAUUAAUGAGGCACAGGUGAAGAAGUCUCAACAAAACUAAAUGACAGAAUAAAUUAUUGCUGUAUGUACAUUUUGUUGUGUGUUACUUUUGCAGUACAUAACAAUCAAUGUUUAAUUUUAAUAUGUUUAAGAAAUCCUUUUCGUAUUAUGCAUUUCCUCAGAAAGCGUGUUGGGAACAAUAAUUAUUCUACUGAAGUCAGUGGAAACAUUCUUACAAUUUUGAAUGGGUCUGUGUUAUAUCCACUGCCUAAUACAGUCGCACACUGGUUUUCUUCCAAUUUCUAAUAGCUGUUUAUAUAAAUCAGCUGCAGUUUUAGGAUAUAGCAUUAGUGUUUUCAGCUGAAAUGUUUGUUAGUUCCUCCAGAACAGAAAAGAGGCUAAAAGAAGUACUUCCAUACAUAUGCCCAAAGGCAUACAUUUCCUAUUGCACAGUCUAGAGCUGUGAUGGCGAACCUAUGGCAUGCAUGACACAGGUGGCACAUGUAGCCAUAUUGGUGGGCAUUGGUGGGCUCUGGCUCACAUGGACGUGCUGGGCAGCUGAUUUUCGAGCCUUCUAGGCCCACCAGAAGUAGGGAAACAAACUAUUUCCUGCCUCCGGAGGACCUCGAGGGAUUGUUGGGAAGGCCCGUUUUUUUCUCUUCCCAGCCUCCAGAGCCUUUCUAGGAGUCUGGGGAGGGCGAAAAUGGCCUUCUCCCCCUGGAGGCCGGAAAUGGCCUAUUUGCCAACUUCCAGUGGGACCUGUUUUUUGCUAUCCCCAGCCUCCAGAGCCUUUCUAGGCUAGAAACGGCCUUCCCCACCCUGGAGGCCAGAAACUGCCCAUUUGCCAACUUGUGGAGGGAACGGAAGUUGGCAAAUGGGCCAUUUUUGGCCUCCGGGUGGGGGAGUGCAGUUUUCACCCUCUCCAGGCUCCUAGAAAGGCUGGGACAGCAAAAAUGGGCCUACAAUGCCAUCGCGUGCUGGGAACAGGGGCAGGGCACAUAGAAUUAUGGGUGUGGGAACAUGCGCAACCGUCCCCCCUCCUGGCAUGCGAUGGCAAAAAGGUUAACCAUCACUGGCCUAGAGUGCUUUCAAUAUACAAAUACAACAUAAGUAUUGCGAAUGAAAGUUGUUCAAAUAAUUUUUUUCAUUUGGUUAAUGCACUAGAAACUAAUGUACUAAAUUAUAGUGUCUUAUAGAAAAUAAGAUUUGUAUAUUAAACUGCUCUGGACACCAACUUGGUAUUUACAUAUAUUUUACUUUAGAGACCUUCCGUGGACUGUUUACAACAGAAGUACUCUACUAAGUGCCUCUAUACAGAAAUAGCAACAUGCGUGUGCACAUUGUUAAUUAAAACAGUAGUAAGCAAGUCAAAUGUGUAUCUCAGGCAGGUUUUCAUCAUUACAAUCCUAUUCAUGAUUAUUUGACAAGUUCAAUAUUUGUUUACAGAUGCUCUCAGAUAAUCCAGUUUAAUCUGUAAAUUAAAUACUUUAAAAUGAUACAACUAUUCUAGUGCUAGUUUUACUUUUUCAGACCAGAUAAUAACCUCUACAUUAAGCUAGAGUGACAGCAACAGUUAGUAUGUAUUUUUAACUGAUUGAUGGCCAAAUUCAGACAAAACAGGAAACUAGAUAAUGUGAGAAAUGGUCACAAGUAUUCCUUCUACUUACUUCCUUAUAUUUUCUCUUCUUACACUUAUGAUAAAAAUGUGGAAAAAAAAGAAAAGUUAGAAAAACAAUUUAAGGUUUUACAGUGGCCAACUUUAAAACACUGCAUAAAACCUUAAAUUGUUAUUGCUGUCAUUGUUAGCAAAAAGAGCCAAUGUUGUAAACUAAUAAUUUAAAGUAUUUUUAUAUUAAGGAUAGUUGAGAUUAAUUGCAAUUUGUCUAGGCCUCAACAUCAUGGUAGGAAUUCUUGGGAUUUUUCUUAGGCGCUUGGAACUGCAGCUCCUGCAGUCGUUUGCCAUUGACCAUAGUAACCAGGACUGAUGAAGUCCAAAGUACCUAAAGAGUAUCAGGUUAUCUACUUGGCUUGGCCUAAAACAGAAAUAAGAGCUUCUAAAGUCAUGGCCAUGCCAUGGAAGAGGAGGCAGCAAUCUAGGCCUUGUAACAGUAAGUUGGUUUAGUAUUACGUAAUUUUAUCUUACGAUCCAGGCUUGGUUUUUAAUUUUGCAGCCUCUUCCAUUUGUUUUUGGUUUUUU